GUGAGUGUGACACGAGGCCAGACGAAACCGAUAAGCUGUAGCCAGAGGUUAUGCCCCAAAAUGGAAACACUGGUAACUCUGUGCAGUUUUCUGUCGCUCUUCUUUGUUGUCCGUGCAGACCUUGUGGGACAAUUUGAGGAUGUGCCAGAAUGCAUGGAAUAUUUCCAUAGCAGAAAAGUACCAGAAUACCAUACGUCUACAUCUGGCACUGUACGCCUCUGCCAACGCUUUGCCAACAGGUAUCACUUUGCCACGCUGUACGACACCAACCAUCGUAUUGCAGUUUACUCUGCAUACAUUUUCCAGCCCAGCAAUGGAGGUGGGAGGGAGAGACGGUGGUUUGUAGAGCCUCAGCUGGUAAACCCAUCCUGGCAAGCUGAAAUGAAGGAUGGUUACUGGCUGGGGAGAGACCAUCCUGGGAUCUACCUAGGGGAGAAACAAGCUCUCAAUGAGGACUAUACACACUCUGGCUUUGAUCGUGGUCACCUUAACCCUAAUGGACACCAUGCAGUCCCUGGCCGUAAUGCCACUUUCACCCUCACCAACGUGGUUCCUCAGAACCCCAAACUGAACCAAAAUGCAUGGAGAAUCCACGAGUCUCAGCUCACUGAGCUUUUCCGCAGUAAGUGCUCCAAGGUCUACGUUCUGGUCGGUGCCAUUCCCUCUGCGGAUAAUUGGAUCGUCAAGAACAACGUGAAGCGUGUCAACAUCCCAGACUACCUGUGGAAUGCUUUCUGCUGUUUGGACAACAACGACAAGCCCAUUCAGGGGGCCGCCGCCGCAGCCAGGAACACCGCAGACAACUGGGUGGAGAAAUUCUCGUUGGAUGAGCUGGCAGAGUUCUUGCAACAGUUCUCAAAUCAACCAGUAGGCGAGCUGUUCCACAACAACUGUAUGGCAGUUUGAUUUGAUUGUUUUAAGUAUUUUUGUAAAAUAAUCAAAAUACACUUCCAUUACAAAGCAUUGUGAAAAAUUAAGACAUUAGAUUCAUAAUUUUUUCUUUCUCCACUGACUGUAAAUUUGUUAACUGACCCAACGACAUUAAGAACUACUGUAAUAUUUCCUCCACUUUUGAGUUUUAAUUUUUGCAAGGUACUGUACUUCAACUAACAAUAAAAGGAAAUGUUAUAUUUG